AUGAGCUCUGUAAUAAGAAAAGUCGCCUUGGUCGGGGGAUCUGGAAGAUUAGGCCCUUACCUUCUGAAAGCACUUCACAGCGACCCCGCAUUUGACGUAACAGUCAUCACCCGAACGAAUUCCACGGCUACAUUUCCAGAGGGCACCAAGCUCAUCAAAGUCGCAGACGGUUAUCCCGAUGACGAGAUCGUGAAAGCGUUCAAAGGCCAAGAUGCUGUGAUAUUAUCUCUCGGGUAUCAAGGUGGUCAACAUCAUGCAGCGCUAGCAGAGGCAUCGAAAAAAGCUGGUGUCAAGCGACUGAUCACUGGUUGGGGUGGGAAUGUUGCCAACCAAGAAGCCAUGGAAAUCUUCCCCAUCGGAAAGAAAGUUGCUGAGGAUAUCAAGGCUUUGGAGGCCAUGGAAUCUCCGGAGUGGAGUUGGACUGCUAUAUGCUGCGGUUUGUUCUUUGACUUUUGUUUGGAAGUAGGAUUCUUUGGUAUCGACGCACUCACGAAAACCGCGACAAUCUGGGAUGACGGAGAACAAAAGUUCUCAGUCACGGCCCGACCGACUAUCGGUCUUGCUGUCACCAAAGUCCUAGCUCAUCCAAAGGAAACUGCCAAUAGACGAGUCUACAUCUCGUCAUUCCAAUGCUCCUUGAAUGAAAUCCUCGAUGGAUACAAGACAAUCACCAGUUCCGAGGGUUGGAAUAUCACCAAGGUAACGUCUGAGGAGAUGGUGGCCAACGCAACGGAAAACGUAAAGAAAGGAGAAAAUGUCAUGUAUUCGAUUGGCAGAUUGGGUCUUGCGACUGCAGUCAAACCUGGUCUACAGGCUGACUUUGCGGCGGAAGGGAUCCUAGAUAAUCAGAUGUUGGGUCUUGAAACGAAUGAGAGUUCUCACGAGAUCAUUGCGAAGGUCUUGAAAGCUUAG